UCUAAAUACGGAGUACUGAACUAGAGUACCACAUGCAACAACGAAUCGUUACAAAACGCAGAGUAGGAAAAGGCUCACCAUCGCGGCCAGCACGUUACGUCGUCGUUACUUUUUAAUUUUUCUACAGUCGGAAGCGUUUUUCGCCUUUCUACAAUAUAUAGUAUAAAGCAGUUAGACGUAGUACUUUUUAUGCUUAGUCGCGCGGCAAUUCUCGACAGCGGAGGAUCUCUCUUGCUUUAGUGCUGGAAUAACGUGUUGUUCUGAAAGUUUGUGAAAUUAUUACCAUAAUUUAAUUAGCGGGAAAUAAAUUUCUAAAUACGGAAUAAAAAAAAACUAAAACCACAAAAGUGCCUUGUAAUAAGUGAAGUGCAACAGAAAUUGUAACACUUCUAAUUUGUUUCACAUCAGCGAACGAAGUGCCGAGAUGACACCCUCGAUUAAGAACAUCCCGCGCCGUCAGGCAAUCCCGAUGCUGUACACGAGAGGAACGCACUACGAUGUUGGAUACGAUGUGGGUCGAACCUUUGCAGCAAUUAUUAGAAAUUUUCUUCAACUGUCCGGACCAUUGAACGAUACGUAUCUUCCACUAUACAACACCGAUGAAGGAAGAAAAGUUUACAACGAAACUUUGGAAUCGGUGAAGAGAUCCUUUCCGCAGUACAUUCGUGAGCUUGAGGGCACUGCAGAUGGUGCACAAGUAGAAUUUCAUAAGUUGUUUCUGUUGCACAUGGAUGAUAUUUUACCGAUAGCCGUAGCGGGUAAAAAUAGCAUCAAUCAACCGAUUGGAUGUUCGACUAUUUGUGUCAACGAGCCUGACUGUGAGAUUUUAGCUCAUACAGAAGAUGCACUGAGUGAAGUCCUCAAUCACUAUUACUUCGUUUCGGCCCACAUAGUUUCGGACUCUCCUCAGGGAAAGUAUAACGUAACAGAAGAACGGUUCACUUCCUUAUGCUACGCAGGUCACCUACCUGGUUACACCAUGAACUAUAACCAUCAUGGGCUAGUAUUUUCGAUCAAUACGUUGAGCGCCAGAAAGUUGCAUGGUGGAAAAACUCCACGCCAUUUCAUAACACGGGCUCUGCUUUCAUCGGAAAACUUUGUUCAGGCCCAACAAAUACUGCGGGAUAACGGAGUUGGUGCUGCUGAUGGAUGUUCGAUCAAUAUGACGUUUUUGAAACAAGAAGGAGAUCGUUUGUUCCACAACGCCGAAAUGGGACCUUCUGAGCGGGACCAAUCACAGUUGAACAUUUUGACUGCCAGCCCGGGUGAGUUCCUCGUACACGCUAACAAGUACCUGCGACUGCCAGUGCCGGAGGUUACCGGACUUAUAGUGGACUCCAGUGUAGAACGUAUGAAAACGUUCAAUUCGUUCAAGCCACCGAAAACCGUCAACGACGUGAUUCGUAUGUUAGGCGAUCAAAGCGCCAAAGAGCAUACCGUCUUCCGGGAAAAGGAUGCCAAGGAUAUUGUAAAGACGGUUUGCGUAGGAAUUUUCGACUGCCGCAAGCGAACCUGGUCGUUGUAUUCCGAUAAUCCGAAGUUCAAUGCUCCACUCGUUGUGCUUCCUCUUGUGAUUAGAGAUUGAUCUGUUUGCAAAUUGAAUCGUACUUAACGACGAGGCAUUUAUAUUGAACUUUUCGAUGUAAUAUUGAAACAACACCGCGUUACGAUCUGUUCUCUCGUGAAGAAAUACCGUGAAACCAUAUUUUGAUCUACACAUCUGUACUGCAUAUAAAUUAUACGUCCUAGCAAGUGCAAUAUUUUUUUCAGCCAUUGUUAUUACUCGAUGUUGACCGAUACAUUUAAAUUGUUGUAUUUAUCGAUUAAAAGUUGAUGCUUUUACAAAGAA